AUGCCGGCCACCCGUACGUUUGACAGCGACGACAGCGACGAAUUCAAAGGCCCAGCCUUCAAGAGGUCGAGUGCCUCUCUGAAGCAAAACAGCAUGCCCACCCCCUCAUCAUCAGGAAACGUGCAACAUUGCCAAAAGAGUACACUGAAAAGACCUCAUGUGGAAGAUGUCCUCAUGGUGGACACCGAUGAUUCAGACGACGACGACAAACCACUUGCACUGAGGAAAAAGGCCGAUGACAGGGAAUUCAAGAGAAUCAACGCAUAUAAUGUUGAUUCAGAUUCAGAAGAUGAGAAACCGCUCUCCGCAAGGCUGUUCAAAGAUGCCGCUUCACCAAGCGGAGGCAAUGUCUCGGAUGAUGAUGAUUCAGAUGAUGAUAAGACAUUGGCUGCCCGUUUUUCCCUAGUUACUCGGAACUCCGUGGACAUGCCGAUCGGACCUAACAACACGGCGUUGAACGGUAGUGCAAGUAGUGCCCCCCGAAAUUCAAUGAAGAGGCCAUGUGAUAGCAAUAUUCAGCCAAGUUCAGCUCUCAAGAAGGCAAAGUGUACAGACAGUUCUGCCUCUGCAAGUUCAGAAGAUGAUGGAAGUGACAACGUACCUCUCGCACGAAGGCUGACAGUCGGCGAGUCUUCAAAAAGAAAGCCACCUGCAAAGGAUAUUGCAAAGAAGAAGAAAAACAAGAGCUCUUCAUCUUCGAAGGAUAACAAGAAAGUAGUAACAAAAAUGAAAACAGAGAAAGUAAAGAGUAAUUCCAAGGUCCGUGAAGCGUCUGGUGGUGGAAAGAAAUGGUCUACUUUGGAGCACAAUGGUGUUAUCUUUCCCCCACCGUACGAGCCUCAUGGCGUCAAGAUGCUUUACAAUGGGAAGCCUGUUGAUCUGACCCCGGAACAGGAGGAGGUUGCAACCAUGUUUUCUGUGAUGAAAGACACCGAGUACGCGUCCAAGGAAACGUUUAUCAACAACUUCUUCACCGACUGGAGUAAUAUUCUUGGUAAAACCCAUACUAUCAAAAAGUUUGAGCUUUGUGAUUUCACACCGAUCUAUGAAUGGCACCUCCGAGAGAAGGAGAAGAAAACACAGAUGACUUCAGAGGAGAAGAAAGCAUUGCGGGAAGAGAAAAUGAAACAAGAGGAUAAAUUUAUGUGGGCCUUCGUAGACGGCGUUAAAGAGAAGGUUGGUAAUUUCAGAGUAGAACCACCUGGCUUGUUCAGGGGACGUGGAGAGCAUCCAAAGAUGGGAAGACUGAAGGGACGCAUCCGGCCAAGUGAUAUUACAAUAAACAUUGGAGAAGGGGCUCCAGUCCCAGUGUGUCCUAUACCUGGAGAAAGCUGGAAAGAGGUCAAACAUGACAAUACUGUUACAUGGUUGGCCUUUUGGAAUGAUCCGAUAAACCAAAAGGAUUUCAAGUAUGUUUUCCUGGCGGCAAGCAGCUCCUUAAAGGGGCAAAGCGACAAGGAGAAAUAUGAGAAGGCCCGGAAACUUAAGGAUCACAUACGUAAUAUCCGUGCAAAUUACACCAAGGAUUUCAGGAGCAAAGACCAGGUGAAGAAACAAAUUGCAGUAGCAACAUACCUUAUAGAUAAACUAGCCCUUAGGGCAGGGAAUGAAAAGGAUGAUGAUGAGGCCGAUACUGUUGGUUGUUGUACGCUGAAGGUUGAAAAUGUUACUUGUCUGCCUCCAAACAAGUUGCAGUUUGACUUCCUUGGUAAAGAUUCUAUUAGAUACUUGAACACUGUAGAGAUUGAACCACCUGUAUACAAGGCGAUUAUGGAAUUCUGUGCAGGUAAAAAUAAAGGAGGGCAUGUCUUUGACAAGCUUGAUACAACUAAACUAAAUGCUCAUCUCAAGGACUUAAUGCCUGGCCUUACUGCAAAAGUCUUCCGUACAUAUAAUGCUUCCAUCACUUUGGACAAUAUCUUGAAUAAACAAACAGAAGAUGGGAGCCGUCCUGAAAAAAUGAAUGUCUACUCCCGAGCAAACAAACAGGUUGCCAUAAUCUGUAACCAUCAGCGUGCGGUCCCAAAAUCACAUGAUUCUCAGAUGACUAAAUUGAUUGAAAAGAUUGAUGAAUUAAAGGCCCAGAGGGAUGAAUGGAAAGAAGACUUAGAGAGAGUGAAGACAGGAAACCCUCUAGCCGGUGAUGAAGAUGGGAAGCGAAAGAGAAAAUUGACCCCUCAAGUGUUGGAGAUUAAGAUCUCUACGAUUGAAACCAAGAUAAAGGAAAUGGAUAUCACUAAGACGAAUAGAGAGGAGUUGAAGACAGUGGCACUAGGAACAUCAAAGAUCAACUACCUUGAUCCUAGAAUCACUGUGGCGUGGUGCAAAACCCAUGAAGUUCCUAUUGAGAAGAUUUUCAGCAAGACAAUUCUCGCGAAAUUUGGAUGGGCGAUGGAUGUCGACCCGGAUUUCAGAUUCUAA